CAAGAAGCGCAAUUGGGUAAAGAGCUCUAGCUCAGGAUGGCUUGCUGGGUGUGCGUCGAUCAGGCGAGCGUCGGGAUUCUGGAGAAGUGGGGAAGGUUUGUGCGCGUGCUGGAGCCCGGAUUCAGCUGUAUAGUGCCGUGUCUGGGCGAAUUCGUGGCUGGAACUCUGUCUCUCAAGGUCCAGUACUUGGAUGUGCGGUGCGAGACCAAGACCAAGGAUAACGUGUUUGUGUCCCUCGAUUGCUCCAUCCAGUACCGCGUGGUGCGAGGGAACGCGGACGAUGCCUUCUACGAGCUGCAAAAUCCCGAGCAACAGAUCCGUUCCUACGUUUUCGAUGUCAUCCGUGCGUCAGUUCCUAAGCUGUCACUGGACGAUGUCUUUGAGCAGAAGAGUGAGAUCGCCAAGUCUGUGUCGGAGGAGCUCGAAAAGGUGAUGAGCGCGUAUGGAUACAGCAUAGAGCAGAUACUCAUCGUCGACAUCCUGCCUGACGCUGCGGUUCGGAGGGCGAUGAACGAGAUCAACGCAGCUCAGCGGAUGAGGAUGGCGGCCGUGGAGAAGGGCGAGGCCGAGAAGAUAUUGCAAGUCAAGAGGGCCGAGGGGGAUGCCGAGUCCAAAUAUCUAUCAGGGGUUGGGGUGGCGAGGCAGCGGCAGGCCAUCACCGACGGUCUGAGGGAGAGUGUCUUGACAUUCUCGCAAGACGUUCCCGGCACGUCCGCCAAGGAGGUGAUGGAGAUGGUGAUGGUCACGCAGUACUUUGACACCCUCAAAGACAUUGGCGCCAGCUCCAAAACCUCUGCGGUCUUCAUCCCUCAUGGACCCGCGCAUGUCAGUGACAUUGCCCAGCAGCUCCGAGACGGAGUCUUGCAGGCAAACACCGCUGUGUCCUUGAUGGACUAGAUUGUGGGAUUACACUCUUCAAGAAAAUACAAAAGAUAUUAUUAGGACAAUUACUCGUAAAUGUGUUGAAUCGAAUGUAAUAUAUCU